CUCGUCGCGUAAUAAUUUAUUAAAGAUGAACGAAUAAUUUACCUUAGAAUCUUGGGUGUUUAAAAUACAAAACCUACAACCUGAAUGCACGUCCUACGUACAUGCAGGUAAAGCCAGCUUUUGUCUAAUUUCCUCAUUAAAGACCUUUGUUGUCGAGUAACGAGUUGACCUAAUAAUUUUCAAAACUUUUCCAACAUUUAGAAUAGGUAUUGAAAAAUGGGAAUAUUUCCGAGGUAAAAUCCUUUUUCACGUCGCAGUGGUAACCAAACUACUGUGGAUAGACUAGCGUGGAAAAUUUUUUAUUGUGCAUUUCUACCUAUUUUAUUUCGAAAUCGAAGGCAGGCGUUACUAUGUGUUGAAAUUUUCGAAUCGAUAAAAAUUACGCCUUUUUUCAAACCUCCGAUUAAUUUUACAUAGGUAUAGGUGUACCUAGUCUUAUCGAAAACGUAAUACGUCUACAACCCUCAUAACAUCUUAUUCGGUUGUAGUAUUCGAUUGGUUAUCGGGCAGAGUGAUGAAAUGACCAUGUACAGUUAACGAUUGAUUAAUACAUACUUGGGUAUAGGAGAUGUACGAUUAUUAUAGAUGGUUAUUUAAUGACCCUCUGGAAAGUGUACUCGUACAUAAAUGCCUUUUCUUUCCUUUAUGUGCCCAUUAAACCCCUCUGAGUACCAACGACGAGCUUUGGGCAAUACCUCUUAUAUCGUUUGAAAUUUAUAACACGCAGAAUAUGUGUACUCGACAUUAUUCAAACGCUAUAGCUAGCAAAAAAAUCUCAAAAGUUUCAGCUUCGUUGAGCAUAUUUCGUAACACUUUGAAAACUUGGCCAAGUGCAUAUAUUUCGGACACUAUGAUUAAUCUGGUCAAAAAGAUACGCGUCUAUGUCGGAUAAAAAUUAUACCUGCUCUGUCGUACAAGUACCUAUAUAUAUUCGGAUAUCACGUCGAGUGUAAUUUUUUUACCAUCUACGUGUACAGCUAGGCCGUGAAAUCGCCUAUAAUAUUAUGAGACAUAUUACGGCCAAAGAUGUUAUACAAUUGAUACUCGACGUCUGGCACUGGCAGAAGAAUGAAGAAGACGAAAAAAAAUACGAGAAAAACAGAAUGAUGAGAAUCAAAGUUAGAACGACGACGGACGAUGAUCGUGUCUCUGUCUUUAUUGAUGUGAGCAGGGAAAAAAAAACUAUAUCGCUGCAGGACAUUGAAAUUCGUGUAAUGAUUUUCACCGCACUAACACGCAUCGCGAUCGGUCAAAAUUAAUUACCUGCUGACCCACUACUGGUAUUUUUACUUUUUUUUUUUCGGUCGGUCGUCGUUUGUACCGAGUGUAUUAUCUUUUAUUACACUGUUUAUGCUCCAAUUGUCGGUCUGCGGCUUGACUCGAGCUGCGCGCAAUUAAUAAGGUUUUAAUUUCGGUGCGUUAAUGUAAACGACUUGUCAGCUUGGGAUUUUAAACGAGGAUGUUUCCGCUUUUUUUUCCAUGUGUACAAUUGCGCGAAUACAUUAAGCUCGACGUAUGUACAUAUAAUCAAGUACCUCUCUAUGUGUACCUCUACCUCUACCUAUAUAGACUUUAUAGAUAGACCGGACGUCGAGAGUGUUGGUUUUUGCGCCUCUCUACCAUGCCCAUUGCUCAUUGCCCAUGCCUCUGUGUCGGUAUACACAGACACAUACAGGAGGAGGCAUUAGUAUACGUACGAAUGAAAUUAUUAUUUUUUUCGUACUAUAGGCCAUUUAAUUUUCACGAUGGUAUUCGUGCUGCGGAGUGUACGAUUAAAUAAAUGUGAUUUGGUUUGCAUGAGAAAUACCGCGAGCACCACCGAGCCGAGCGCGUUAAUGGUAUUUAACACGAGGGAAACAAACAGCAAUAUGUUGUGGAAGGUUAUAAUAUUUACACUCGACGAUAAUAAUUUAAGCCGAUUCGUCCUUUAAUAUUUCGUUGAACAGAAUUGCUCUUCGUUUGUAUUCGUAUUUUCGUUUCGUGUAUACUGACGAAUGUUUUUAUUUUUUUUAUGUUACAGGUCAGUAUAUAUUUUGGAGUACACCUGUGUGUGUGGAUCGAGAUUUUCACAUUUGCAAUUAAAUAUUUGGCAAUAUCAACUCGAUGAUUUAUUCUCUGCUUGGCCCGCAAGGCUCUUAUAGUUCGUAAUACCAUUAUGCAUACCAUGCCUACCGGAGAAAGUGACUCAUGCACCGAGAAGCCAUUAAACACACUAUGGAAAAACUACACCUCCAACUCGAAACCAGACGUCCAAAUGAAGCUGAUCGUUACUCAAUCCGGCUUAAAAGCUAUCACCAAAGAACACGGCCUGACCGAAUACUGGAGCCAUCGCAUCACCUACUGCUGCGCGCCGUCCGAAUUCUCCAAGAUAUUCUGCUGGGUAUACCGUCACGAAGGUCGUAAACUGAAACAAGAGCUGCGCUGUCACGCCGUACUUUGCGCCAAAGAAUCAAUCGCUCGACAAAUCGCGUGCCAACUGCAAAGCCGCCUUACCCAGGCUCUGAUCGAAUUCAAACGUGACAAAAUCAGUCGCCAGAAUGCCCGCCUAUCUCUGGCCAACUCGGUCUACGAUAAUCCUUCGUUACCCAGGCGUAAAAUACUCCUAUCGACCGGCUGUCACAACUACCGGCCGCCUUUGGAACGAUCCAAAUCCGCACCCAAGCUGAUGGCCAUAGAAGAAAGUCUGGAAGAAGAAGACGAGAUUUUAGAUUGCAAAAAGGUAGCGAUGAAGACGAAAUUCGCCACUUAUCGAAACCUCUCGUACUCGAAUCGAGGCAACCGUAUGGGCGGCUUGUAUUGCGCCAAGAAGUUGCAAAGUUGUAGAAAAGACGACGAUGUAGAAGAUGAUGAUGAAUCUAGUCAAUGCGAAAUUAACGACGACGAUGUCGCCGGCGAUAUCGUCGAACAGAAUCCUUGCGGAUGUGAACAAGACUGCGAUUUAGUAGACGUCUUCGAGAAAGACCUUACUCUAAACGAACCCUCAGCGAAAGAUCCAAAGGUUACCGAUAUCAACGAAAACCUGUGCCCCAAGUUGAAAUCCAAACGAUUCUAUCGUAACUCGUGGGCCGGCGACGAACAACCCUGCACCAUUCCCAUACAAACCAUCAACGUCGACUUGGACGACUUACCCAAAUUCCAGGACCUAAUCGAGUGCAAAAACCGAGCCAAAAAAUUCUUCGAAGAUGAUAAAAAACCCCUCCCAUCGGAAGGAUCUCCUCGUACGAAAAAUCUAGUUAAACAUAGACGAAAAUUAUUCGAAAACUUGGAUAAACCAGAGAACUCGAACGGUGACGCUGAUUCCGCGCUGCAGUUCGACUUCAGUGAAGAAAAUCGCGAUAGUUUCGACGGCACCGGAUCUCUGGACGAAGAAUCCACGCCGAGUCUGCAAAGCAUUUCCAGCGGCUCGGAUACGUCGUCUCCGAGAGACAUAAAAAUCGAGUAUUCCAAAAAUUACGACCUAGAUUCGCUAUGGGAAGAAGGCAGCGAUGAGAGUGGAUUCGUCGAACCCAUCGGACAAGACGCGAACGACGAUAAAAUUCGCGAUUUACCUCAUCAUCAUUUAAUGAAGAGCUGCAUUCUGACGUCAAAGUCCAGAUGCGUCGAAGUGUAAGGGGUUUCGAGAUUUUUUUUUGUUUUUAGUUUUAUGGCGUUGAAAUUUUUACAUUUCUUCGAUGCUGUUGUUAUAGUAAGACUGAUAAUGUGUAUUUGUGUGUACGAAUGUACGUAUUAAUGUACGUUGAAUUUUAUCGAGCUGGGUUGCAUUUCACGUCGUCGGAUGGUGGGUGCUUUUCUUACAAUUAGUGUGAGCCUUUGAAAAUUCAUCACGUCUUGGAAGUUGAUUUUUGUUGUUGUUGUUGUUUACGUUUUGGAAAAAUGUAGCCAUAAUUUGGAGAAAUUGAAAUCGAAUAUUUUUGGACUGAAAAAUUAAUCGAGAGAAAGUCGAAAUUUUCACGACUUUGAUACUUUUUCGAUUAAGUAUUAGUUCCUUUGAUUCAGAACUAAAAUUGAAAAAUCUCAAAAAUUGGUUUUAAGCGAAAGAGGAAGAUGAGAAAUCAGGGAAACGAUCAAGUUUUUGAACUUUUUUCACUUUUACAAUAUUUCAAACACGUUUCUUUGGUUCGCCCUUGAAAUUGAAAAUGCUUCGAAAAUCAGUUUUCUGUCAAAGGGGAGUGAGAGAAGGAAAAAAAGAGGGGAAAGAGAAAGGUGAUCGUGUUGCAAAUGCAAUUUUCGUUUUCCUGCUUUUCCAGCCUCAUGUUUUUCUGGUUUACUCAUCAAACUGAAAAUGGACAUUUUUUUUGUUUUUCAAACAUGACUUUUUUUUAAAAUGAGUUUUUCUACUUAUUCUAAUUAUUUAUAGAAUAAUUUUUAUGGUAGCAGAGCUCGUAAUCCCUUCCCACCUCUUUGAAAAAAUGUCGAAAAUUGAUGAAAAUAACAUUAUAAUAAGAAUUUUUAUUCUUUUUAACACUAUAAAACAUGAAGAAAAAUUUUGAUAUACCAAAAACAUGAAUAAAAUUCAAAUAAAUAAAAUAUGAAUGAAAAUUAAAGAAUUUUAGUUGAAAUUUAGGUUAAAAAUAGUGCAGAAAAUGAUUCAAAAGAAUGAAAAAAAAUUUCAAAAUUUCAAAAAUUAUUAUUUUUGAAAAAUGGCGACUUUUGUCAUUUUGAAAUAUUAACUUUUUUCUUCCAUUUUUUUUUUUUUUUUUUUUUUUUUUAACAUAAUAUACCUACCUUCCUAACUUGAUUUUCAACUUUUGUGAUUUAUAUUCUAUGAAGGAGAGGAUGAGGGGGGAGAGGGGUAAAAAUUUUGAUAGAUGAAUCAAAAACAUGAAUAAAAUUAAAAUAAAUGAGUGAAUGAAAUUUAAUUGAAAUUUUGGUUAAAAAUUGUACAGAAAAUAAUUCAAAAAAAUGAAAAAAAAUUCAAAAAUUAUUCAUUUUUGAAAAAUGGCGACCUUUUUUUCAUUUUGAAAUAUUAAAUUUUUUUCUUGCAUAUUUUUUUUUUUUUGAACAUACAUAAUAUACCUUUACAACUUGAUUUUUAAUUUUUAUGAUUUAUAUAAAGAAGAGAGUGAGGAGGGGAGAGGGGGUAAAAAUGUUGAUAGAUGAAUUGACAUGAAUAAAAUUAAAAUAAAUAAAAUAUGAAUGAAAAUUGAAGAAAUUUAGUUGCAAUUUUGGUUGAAAAAAAAAAUGAUUCAAAAAAAUGAAAAAAAUUUCAAAAACUAACUUGAUUUUUAAUUGAUUUAUAUGAAGAAGAGGAUGAGGAAGGGAGAAGAAUAAAAAAUUUUGAUAGAUGAAUCAGAAACAUGAAUAAAAUUAAAAUAAAUUGGUGAAUGAAAAUUAAAGGAAUUCUGUUGAAAUUUUGGUUAAAAAUUGAGCAGAAAAUAAUUCAAAAAAAUGAAGAAGAAAAAAACCAAAAUUUUAAAAAUUAUUCAUUUUUAAAAAAUGACGACCUUUUUUUAUUUCAAAAUAAGUAACUUUUUUUCUUCAAUUCGUUUUUUUUAAGGAGGGGAAAGGAGUUAUUUUUUUGAGAAUUGAAUUUAAGGGAUGAUUUUUUUUAGUUCGGGGGAUGAACGUUAAUGAAAACGUAAUAGAAAAUGAAAAGGUGUUUCUGUGAAAGGAAUUCAGUGACAAAUUUGCAUAAAAAAUUAUUCAAAACAUUUUUUUUUUAAUAAAAAAUAAAUACUUACGUUUUUUUAUUUAAAAAAAAAUGCAAAAAUAAUGAUUUAAAUUCUUUUUUUGGAAUUAGAUUUCCGAUUUUCUUGGCGAUGUGGAAGUCGAGAAUUUUUAAAAUCGAAUUUUAGUCUUGUUUAUGGGCUGAGAGGGGAGGUUUCUGAAAAUUAAAUGGAAAAAGAAUGUCAAAAAGUAAAGAUUUUUCAAGAAAAAAAAAAACGUUUUUCAGUGUUGAAAAAUAAAAUGGUUUACUUGUAAAAUAUAGGCAACUUUUUUCUUUUCUUCUUUUGUAAAUUUUGAUUUUAAAUUUUCGGGAGGGAGGGGAAAGGUGAAAGUAUUUUGUUGAAAAAUGGUUGAAAUGUUU